AUGUCUGGCCGAAGUGGAGUUGGACAGAUCCGGGGGGGGAGCUACUUGGGGUCCACAGCCCUCAAGGCUACCAUACCUUAUCAGCUGGCCAGCAAGCCUCGACCCAGCCGGAGAGAUGGAAAGCCAGCUGGAAAGACCAAACUGCACCAGCUGAGCUCUGGCAUGAGGCGGACAAUGUCUCUCGAUGCCAUCAUCGGGCCGUACCUGCAGGGACACUGGCCGAAAGAACCAGAGGGCCAGAGCAGCCUGUCUCGCAAGGACAAAUCCACCCAGACCCCAGACUCGUGGUCCGAUAAAUCCCAGAGCAGGAGAGGUGGCAGCAGCCACAAACGAUCGGCAUCAUGGGGCAGCGCUGAGCAUCUGCGAGAGAUUGCUAAACUAAAACAGCAGCUGCAGCAACGCGGCAAGCCUUCAGUCUCAGGGGGGCAUGACAAAGACCGCCAGCGCGACUAUCCUCAGGGGAGCUGCAGCCUAGGAACUACUCAGACUCAGCCAAUUCCCAUCCCCCUGGCUCCCCUGUCUACACUGGUCCCUCGACUGCGCUGCAGUGUGGAGGGCCUCAACCAGGAGCUGGAAGGCAUGUUCAUCUGCCAGCCACCGCAUCCUCCGCACAGGCUCCUUGAGGUUCCAGACGGUCACCGGGCUCCAGUCCCUCCACAGAGCUGCAGCAGUGGAUCCCAGAGUGACCCCGCCACCACACCCUUGUCCUCAUCGUCUCCCCCCUCCUCACCCAGCUCCCCUCUCACCUACAUCUCCACAUCCCCACCCAACUCUGAAGAUGCACCUCUGGAUCUGCCCCAAGGUUCAAUAGAGAGCGCAGAGAUGGGCCUGCUGUCUCCGUUCCCCUCCCAGAAUGAGGCUGACCUCUCCAUGCCUUUGCUGAUGUCCUCCUCCCCGGGACCCAACAAAAGUUGCUGCUUCCAGAGAGAGCCCCCAGAGGGCUGCGAAAAGGUCCGGGUCUGGGAGGAAACGAGCACUCCACACCAACUCAAGCCAACCCUCAUCUCCUCCUGCCCAGAUCCUAACAAGGUAAACUUCACCCCCCAUGGGGGCUCUGCCUUCUGCCCCGUCAGCCUCCUCAAGCCCCUGCUCCCCUCCAUGGACCUGUUGUUCUGCAGCCUCGCCGUCUCUCCAGCAGGCACUUGCUCGAGCCAGGGAACGGGCUCCUGCCAGGCAACGUCCUCUGGCAACCGGGCCGCGCCUCCGGAUCCUCCUGCCACUGCCGCUGUUAUGGGAGAAAGCUCGGGGGAGGGCCUCGCUUUCUGAUCGCAGCUCCAGAUCGUUUUCGGUGGAAAAUGCGUGAUGCAAAUAUUUCGGCGGUCUGGGACAGACUUGUUGAAUUUACUUUAUUUUAGGGAAGACUCGUUCCUUUUCUAUACAUGUUUAAAAUAAUCUUGUGUUGAAAAAUAAUAAUAUUUGGGUGGGGGGGGAUGAGUUAAUUGUACGCAGUCCAAUGGAUAUGCUUUAUGAGCUACUUGUUUUGGGUUUCCGGGCAUUGUGACAUUUCUAAAUUAAGGCCAAUUUUGGUUCUUUCAUUUUAUAAUCCAAAGAUAUAUUUUUGGCCAAACACGGUGGGGCAGUCUUAUGGCAGGACUUAUCACUAUUUCUACUCUUAACUCUAUCUGAGAUGGGAUUUGUUGGAUGACUGACAACCCCCCCCCC